CGUUCGCUUCUGAGCUGCGCCGCGCCGGCGCGCCCGGCGCCCGGGUCCCUGGGGCUACGAUCGCGACGCGGGGCCCGGCUAGAAUACGGUUUUACCUGGCGCGGAAACAACGAUAAUUUUAAUAUUACAGGUUCCUACAUCUCAAGCUGCCCGCGCGGCGGAAUUCUAUGCUGCCCGUCGCUGGGAUCGAGAGGCUGCUCGUGGCCGCCGUGGCCACGGCCUACGUCUGCCCGGAGAUCACGACACAGCGCCCGGCCCUCUUCGGCCUCACGUCGGCGCCGCUCGACUUUGUGCGGCGGCGCGAGGAGCGCACGCUGCGCGACGCGCGAAGCGACCGAGACGCCAUGCCGGUCGCCUUCUACCACGAGGAAGGCGCCGCGUGGCCCCGCGGCGAGUUGCCCGCGGAGGUCGCGUCGUUCGCCGCGUGCGCCGUCGACUUGUUCGCGGCCGCGCCGUGGGUGCUGAAGUUUGCGGAGUCGCUCCGCGACCCCGCGAGUGAGCGCCGCGCGAAUCUGACGCAGUGGCUGCCGCGCGGGCUCGGCGAGGCGUCGGCCGCCGCGUUCCUCGCGCGGAAGGUGGCGGCCCUCGACCACGCGGUCGCGCGGACGCCCGACGGCAGAAGUGUAGUGUGGCUCGACGUCGACUGCGUCCUGGUGAAGAAGCCCGAUGGGACCUUCCUGGGUUUUCUAAAAACGGUCGACGUCGCGACGAUCGCGCGCGUGCCCGUGCGGCGCGAGCGGCCCGAGACGGGCGUCGUCGCGCUCACGGGCGGCGCGGCCGCGCGUGUCUUCACGCGGCGCGCCGUGGCCCUCUACGAGUGGGGCAUGGCCGACCUGGGGCGGCGCUGCCUGUUGCGGGGACCCAAGGCGCGCUGCCGCAGGCACCUGAGCCUGAACGACGUCGCCGUGUUCAAGCAGCUAUUGGUCGGAGACGGCGAGUGGCGCGACCCGCGCCUGCGGGUGGGCUGGUUCGCCGCGGGCUGCGCGAGCCGCGACGCCGACCGGCCGUGGGCGGCGGCUGCGCUGCAGUACGAGCAGCGCGGCGCGCACGGCGACAAUUUCUGCCACCGCGACGACCACGAGGAGGCCGUGAGCCCCUUCAACCUCUUCGAGUACGUGGCGCACAUGAAGGGCCGGAGCGGCGUCAUGGGCACGAAGCGCCGCGCGCCGGACUAAACAACAAACUAAAGUACACACAUCAAGGACGUACGGCCCGGGAGGACGCAACGGGUUUGUUGCAUCGUCCCGCGCCCCCCGG